UAGAAAGAGAGUCGAAGAGAGACAUUCAUUCACAUACGUUAUUCUAUAAAGUGAAAGAAGCAAAGCAAUGAUAAAUCCCCAUAUGUGAAGCCGGAACUGAAGCUCAACUAUACUUACCCAAUUCAUGGGUGUCUUUGAAGCUCCUAAAAACAGCGCCUUUUGUUUCAUAUCCUUCAAAUCCUGAUACCCUAGUAUCCAACAAGCCUAAAGUUUGGGUCUUUUUACUCUAUUCAUCUUGUGUGCUUUCAUUCCUUUGUUUCUUAGGGUAGGGGUUGCUAAGAACUGAAAAAGAUGCAACUUGAUUUGGAAUCAUUAUCAGAAGCUACUUCUGGUGCCAUUGGAUCACUUGUUAGUACCACCGUCUUGUACCCACUUGAUACUUGCAAGACCAAAUAUCAAGCUGAAGUUCAAGCUCACCAUCAGCGAAAAUACAAGAGAAUUUCUGAUGUUCUAUGGGAAGCAAUUUCUACCAGUCAGGUGCUUUCAUUGUACCAAGGCCUUGGGACAAAAAACGUCCAGUCCUUUGUUUCAUCCUUCAUUUAUUUCUAUGGAUACAGCUACUUUAGAAAGAUGUAUUUGAAAAAAACUGGAAACAAGACCAUUGGAACAGUAGCAAAUUUGAUUGUCGCCACUGCUGCUGGUGUCUGUACAAUAGUAAUAACACAGCCCUUAGAUACAGCAUCAUCAAGGAUGCAGACCAGUGAAUUUGGAAAAUCCAAGGGACUCUGGAAGACCCUUUCAGAGGGUACAUGGAGUGAAGCAUUUGAUGGACUUGGCAUUUCCAUUCUUUUAACAACAAAUCCAUCUAUUCAGACAAGGUUUUUUUUCCCCCAACAGUAUACUGCAUACGAUCAGCUGAAACAGAGAAUACUAAAGGGCAAGAGAACAGGUACAAAGUCAUCCCCAGAAGCACUUUCUGCAUUUUCUGCUUUCAUGCUCGGUGCAGUUUCAAAAUGUGCUGCUACCUGCUUGACAUACCCAGCUAUCAGGUGUAAGGUCAUGAUUCAGGCUGCUGAAUCAGAUGAUGAUAAGUGUACAGAAGCUGAGAGGAAGGCACAGAGGACAAUAUCUGGAGCACUCUAUACUAUUUGGAGAAGAGAAGGUAUUUUGGGAUUUUUCAAAGGAUUGCAAGCACAGAUAUUGAAAACUGUUCUCAGCUCUGCAUUACUCCUGAUGGUAAAGGAGAAGAUUGCAAAGUCAACAUGGAUUCUAAUGCUCGUGAUUGGAAGAUACUUGUCCAUGAAUUCCCCCAAAUUGAAGGCAGUUUGAAUGCGGUAUGAGUAUAUUCUUAAAAAAAAAAAUCACCCAGGAAUAUGUUAAAAUUGAUUUAUCUGCUAUGGAGGUAAAUAAUGGCAGAUUCAAGAAGUGAAUGUUGCUGGUGGUUUAGAUUGUGUUUCCGAACUGAAUAAGGAAUGUGAAAAUUUAAACUAGUCUGUCUCAUCUUAUACCUUAGCACUGAAGUAGACUGUUUAUUGCAUUAGAGUGUUUUCUGUUAGCACCAUGUUAUGCACUUCCAAUUGGACUUACAGUUUGUAUCAUUUGGCAAAAGCCAAACUUCCGAGCUCAAAAAUGAUAUUAUUGAUAAUAAUGACAUUGACAACAAUAUUAAAACAACAA